AUGACGGGCCUGCUCAACGCCGGCGGGGUGGACCUCGCCUUAGCCGCAGCGCCCAUGUGGUUCUUCGGCCAGGCCCUCAACCAGCCGCCGUGCUACCCGACGUCCGCGACCGACAGCAGCGGCGGGCAGACCCCCGCGGCGGGCUUGUGCGCGUGGCCCAAUGCCGGGUGCGGGUGCCGCAACCCCGGUGUCGGCAUCGGGAACGCCGGCCCCAGCUUCCCCGUAUACUACUCGUACCAGAAGUGCACCGAUGGAGAGGUGCGGGUCGCGUACAACCUGUUCUACCAGAAGGAUGGCUUCACACCCAAUGGGCUCUUCGGGCAUGGAUACGACUGGGAGCGCGUCAUCGUCAUCUGGGCGAAGAACGGCGACAACUGGGCGCCCUCGCAGCUCCUUCUGUCGCAGCACUCAGGGUACGGGCGCAAGUCGUGGGGGAACAUCCAGAACACGUUCAACACGGCGGACGCGGGGCUGGCUCGCGGCGGCGACAACGGGCGGCGCAACCUCGACCACGCAAAGGUGUACGUGGCCUGGUCCAAACACGCCAUCUACGACGACCGGAACACGGGCUGGAACGAUGUGCUCGCGCAGCUGACGGACAACGCCUUCCGCAGCCAGGACUGGUGGUAUUUCCCCACAGCCGGCGAUUAUCUUCGUGCAGACGGGUCGACGUCGCUUGGCCAGAAGCUGGCUGGCUUUAACUGGGGCGAUGCCACUAGCCAUCCAGCCCUUGUGCACCAGGGUUUGUGUUCGGCGUGA